AUGUCGGCCCUUCAGACCUUCAUGUUGGUGGUGGAUCACGACAAAGAAGAAGCUAAACGCAUCGCUGAGGGCGUCGCCCAAGAUGUCGAGAGCAAGAAGACUACCUUGAUAGAGAUUGUUCAGCAACUUGGCGAAUACAUCAAUGAUGAAGAUCCUAUACUGCGUGGAAAGGCUGUCAGCUUCCUCACCUCAGUCAUUAAGGCGCUGCCACCGAAGUUCCUGUCCCGACAACAGAUCCAGGUUUUGACGUCCUUCUUUUGUGAUCGAAUUGAGGAUGGAGGUGCGGUUGCGGGAUUGGAUACUUUGCAGAAGCUGGAUCGGUUUACAAAGGAAUUGGCUGCUGAGAUAGUGCAAUCCCUCUUCUCCCAUUUCCAAGACCUCCAGUCCCGAUCUCAAUCGCAACGGUUCCAAGUUUACCAAUUGCUCAACGAGUUGAUGUCAUCACACCGUGCGGCGUUGCGCGAUAUGGGCGAGACAUCUCUCGUUGGUAUUGUGGAUCUCAUGACUGGUGAAAAGGACCCACGUAAUUUGAUGAUGGUGUUUUCAAUUCUCAAGGUGGUCAUGAUGGAAUGGGAUAUCACAAGCCACGUCGAGCUACUCUUUGACUCUGUGUACAAUUACUUCCCAAUUACCUUCCGACCUCCGCCAAACGACCCCUACGGGAUUACUGCACAGGAUCUGAAAGGUCGCCUGCAGGACUGCAUCUCUUCCACGCGACAUUUCGCUCCUCACUCCAUUCCGGCAUUGCUCGAUAAGCUGGACUCUACCUCGCCUAAUGUCAAGAAAGACGCUCUCAACACUUUGAUCGCCUGUAUUCAUUCAUAUGACCCCGAUACUGUGUCUCGCUAUUCAAUUACCAUCUGGGAGGUCUUGAAGUUUGAGAUCCUCAAUGCUCAAGAGGAGUUUUUGUCAGAGUCUUCUCUGCAGGCUCUGCAAGCUAUCGCGCAACGCCUCUCAGAAGGCGUCACUCAGGUCUCUCAGGACCUUCCCCUUGCACAGUAUUUGCGCCCAAUUACUAAGGAGUGUAAUGAACAAUUGCAAGAGCCCCAGCAGAAGCAGGCGAAACCUGCGCAACAGAUUCUCAAAUCCCUGUCUUCCGCUUCGGCGGUUACAUUUACCCUCAUCGUCCAAACAGUUGUCGCCCCGAUCUUCACCAUUUACCAAGAAGCAGAUGGCAUCGCCAAGCAAAGAGCUCUCCUUGAGACUCUUUCAGUGCUCUUUGAGUCUGCAAUUCAAGUAUUCGGCCAAUGGACCACUCGGGGAGAUGAAGUUACUCUCGAGAAUCCCCUGCUUGAAUUCAAGGAUCAAUUUUCGGAUGUCUUGGGUCAGGCAUUGAUGGGUGCUGCAAAGGAGGAAGUUUCCUUCCGGGUGACUGCUCUCAAGGGAUUCCUUCGUCUUUCCACCUUGCGUGAUUUCUUCCAAGACAAUGAAAUUGGCUUGUUCGUACAGUACCUGGAUGAGAUCCUGCUCCAGGAGGAGUCCGUCGGCCGAAAUGACCUGAAGAAGGAAGCAAUUGCGGCACUUGCUGAGAUCUCCAAGCACAAGCCUCGCCUCAUUAUGGAUAUCACUUUCCCUGCAUUCGUGGCUACCCUUCCAGAUGAGGAUGAUGGCACCAAUCUGACUUAUCUGUCCACAUUGGAUACACUGGCUCAGAUCAGUGUCGAGAGGGACAUCUUUGAGACUCUGUUCCGACGUCUCUUCAGCAAGUUGACCAUCCUGCUUCAAAAGGAGCAGCCUGGUGCUAUCGCGUACCCAAGGGCCAUUCUAAUGACCCUACUCUAUGUCAUGCAGCAGAGGAAGAUGGAUACUGAUCCUAGCGUGGAUCUCUAUUUUGACAAGAUUGUAAUUGGUGUCUGCCGCAGUGUCUCGGAGUCGGCGUCCGGCAAGGGUAAGAACCAGAUUCUCAAUGAUGCCACUAUCCUUGACACGCUCGGUCGGCUCUGCAAUCUGCUAGUCCGGUCAGUCUCCCUCCAGAAACAAGAACAAGUAGCGGAGAAUGUCUACAAGCUCUUCUCUGCGACCGAAGAUUUUGUGCCGGUACCUUUCGCACAGGGCGCAACAGCCGACCAAGAGCGGACCAUUAUCAUCUCCACCUACCUUCUUGCGGGCCUGUUCAAGGACUGCGGUAACCGCAUCCCUUACACCACCCCCAACAUGUCGGAGCUCCUGUCCGAUCUGGUGCAGCGUUGUGUGUCUGAAACUUCAGAGCCGGCUACACACCUCGCCUUCCUGCGCCAUCUAGCUUUGCUUGUUAACAAGUUCCUGUCAAAGGAGGAUCUGAACAUUGCAGAGAAGCUCUUUGAUGGUCUCCUCUCGUCAGAGAAGAACACUUACAGCCCAGCUACAAUUCGUACCAUUUUCUGGCUAUCCAAGGCUCUUGUCCUCCGGCUCGCUCCGACAACCACCCAUGUAAUUACCUCGCUGUUGAGUCUUCUCUCAUCCCCCGACCAGCAAACUAGUUCCUCUACUGCCCGUGGGUUUUCCAUUCUUCUUGGUGAGGACGACGUACUCUCCACAACCAAUGGUGCAUCGAUCCGCCUGUUAUGCAAACAACGCGUCUUCACCACCGUCAUCCCGAUGAUUUCUUCGCGCAUUCGCGAAGUCAAUGUUGCUGGGAGCGACGAAUCCUCGAAGGCUCUGGACCACAUUAAGCCAGCCCAUCUGACCGCACUUACCGGUAUUCUCUCCACCAUCUCCACGGCUCUGGUCAUGCCCGAACUUCCCACUCUUCUCCCUCUCCUCCUCCAAUCCCUCGACCUCCAAACAUCCGACUCCGUCGCUGUUCGUGCAGCUACACUCGACACCCUGGCUGUGAUCAUCCGCGACAAUGGCGUCGCUGUGAUCGAUAAAUGCGGACACGUCCACAGCCUGGUCGUGAGACUCCUCAAGACUACAGAGAUCAAGUCUGACGUCGUCAACCCGCCUAGACUUCGUGCUGAUUCCCUGAAAUGUCUUUACCUCUUGGCUGCCCAGCAGACGCCUGGCGAUGCAGGAUCUAAUGCCCGCCUACCACCGUCUAUCUCCCCACUUCUACCGGAGAAGACCAACGUUUUGCGCUCUCUGCGUGCUGUCUUGGAUGAUCCCAAGCGAGAUGUACGGAAGGCAGCAGUUGACGCUCGUAGCGCGUGGUUGCGUGGUGUUGAUGAUGCACCUGAGGAGGAAGACUGA